UUUUGUUGUCUAUCUUAAUAUGUAAUGUUGCUCAUUGUCAGCUAACACGUGGUCCAUUUUAUUAGACCAAAUGCUUAACGUUAACUAACCCUAGCUGGCUAGGUAGCCAUAAACUGAAUAAUAGCUUCAUUCAUAGUGUAAACAGUUCGUAUCAGCUAAUGCACACUAAUUGAAGCCUUUAGAUGUCGUGGAUAAGAGAAGGAGAUUUAAACCUCAUCGAGAGGAUUUCGGCCAACAUAUUGAAGGCGGGACCAAUUCCCAAACAUGUUGCCUUCAUCAUGGAUGGAAACAGACGUUAUGCUCGCAAACAGCAUGUUGAGCGGCAAGAGGGGCAUAGUCAAGGCUUUGAGAAACUAGCAGAGACUCUGCGCUGGUGUUUGCGACUUGACAUCCGUGAGGUGACGGUGUACGCCUUCAGCAUUGAGAACUUCAAGCGCUCCAAGGAUGAAGUGGAUGGUCUGAUGGAGUUGGCAAAGCAGAAGUUCACCCGCCUUCUGGAAGAGCAAGAGAAUCUUGAGAAGCAUGGCGUAUGUAUACGGGUGCUGGGGGACCUGACCCUCUUGCCAUUGGACCUGCAAGAAGUCAUUGCCAAGGCAGUGUUGGCCACUAAGACUCAUAACAGAUGCUUCCUGAAUGUGUGCUUCGCCUACACUUCAAGACAUGAGAUUGCCAAUGCAGUCCAAGAAAUGGCGUGGGGUGUGGAACAGGGCCUCAUCAGACCCAGUGAUGUGUCGGAGGCCCUGCUGAGUCAGUGUCUGUAUACCAGUAACUCCCCAAACCCUGACAUGCUUAUACGUACCUCUGGAGAGGUGCGGCUCAGCGACUUCCUGCUCUGGCAGACUUCGUACUCGUGCUUGGUGUUCCAGUCUGUACUGUGGCCAGAGUACUCCUUCUGGAACCUGUGUGAGGCCAUCCUUCAGUACCAGCUCAGCCAUCGCUCUCUUCAGAAAGCACGCGAACAGCACAGAGAGAGCCAAGCUCUCCAGCAGCUGGAGGCUGACCGCACCUGUGUGGCCGAGUUGCUACAGCACCGCGGCAACGGCACGCCUGUGGACGCCCAGAGUCGUCAGGAAGUCCUGCAUAGCUACACUGCUAGCCGGGAGGAGAGGGUCCGCCACUUCCUGGGUGCGUUGCAGCACAAGAGGGACACUUAUUUCUCUGAUUUGUGUAACCCUGCAGUAGUGGCUUAACUCUUGACUUCAUGUCACACAGAUGUUGUUUGUGAUGGAGCAGAAAAUUGAUUUCCAUAUAUUACUUUUUUUUUUUUUUUUAAUUCACCAAUCUUGCAUAUGUGAAUAAAGAAGUUGUUAUGCCCCCGUUUUAUGGGGGUCUGAAAUCUAUUUAUGUAAAUGUGGUUGUCAGUCUAUGCCUAGAAAUGCUGCCAUGUUAAGUGCAAAUUGUUGUGAAAGUGUGGCGUUAAAGGGUCCUUUAACUGAACUGUAACAAAAUCAUUAAAUACUUCCCAUCUCCCAA